AUGGCCGUCCAACAAUCCCUCAAACCUCAAUACUUUGUCACCCGUCAGAAUGGCGCCCUAGUUCCACUUGUUGCCAUGGAUGAGCUGCCAAUUCACGUCCAGAUCGAGGGUGUUUCUCGAAGUCUCAGUGUCUUUGAGACCGCUGGCAUGACAAGUGUUGGCGUCUGUGAAUCCCGACACGAGUUCUAUGUCAUAUCAAGCAUGAACAACACCAGAUCAAUCCCUUCACCACCCGCCUGCGCUCUGCAAACUCCGGUCUCGAAGGUUUCGGCACCAACUUCCAUCGUCAAAACUCCUGUGUUGCGUCCGACUACGCCGUCUGGCCCUAGCCCGCCAAAAACACCCAAUGUCGCCGAAAAUCAACCCAGCGAAACAUCUAGCAACACCGUUCCAUCUUCCGCCGAGUCGAACGAAGGAGAAGACAAGUCGACCCGACCCUCGACCCAGUCCCCCAGUCCUCGUCCCAACGCUGGACCACAUGGGAUCUUGCCCGCCAACACCACCACCUUCACUCCUCUGGCAUGGCGAAGCACGGCUGCAUCCCUCACUGCAGCAAGCAACACUACUGCUCCUCCUGCCGACCCUGUUCCUGAGAUGCCACCGACGGGCCAGAAGGUGUACUGCUCAUACUGGCUGCGCAACGGCGAGUGCAACUUUGCCCAGCAGGGGUGCAUGUACAAACACGUGAUGCCGAUGAAGCUGGAGGUGCUCGAGGCGCUUGGCUUCCGCGACCUCCCAGACUGGUACCGCAAGACGUACAACGUGGGCAGCCUGCGUGUCAACGGCGGGCGCAACGGGCUCAGCUACGGCAUCCUGGACGGCAACAAGCCCGCGCCGCGCUUCGCGGAAAGCACCAAAAACAUGCUUGCCUCGCACAUCACCCCCCUGCCCACGGUUAACGGGAGAGGCGGCGUCCAAGCUUACCGCCCCGCCGACAACAACCGACACCCGCGAGCCGCCGGCAAUCACCACCACUACCGUGGUCGCGGAACCGGCAACCAGCGCGGCCCCGCCCAUGCCGCCAAGGCCUGGGCCAAUGCGCGAGAGCGCCGGGACGAGUGCCUGGCGGCCGCCUUCGCCGCCGACAUGGACAGCGAGCUCGGCGACAUGAUGGACGCACAGAUGGAGAAAAUCCGCGAACGGGAGCAGGCCGGGUGGGAGGAGGAGCAGGAGGCGGCGAGGAAAGCGGCUGCCGAGGCGGACAAGCACGGCGAGAAGAGCAACGAGACCGAGAACGGCAGCAAGGAGGGUGAGAAGGACAAGAACACUCCCGUCGCUGCUGCUGCUGCUCCUGCUGUGGUGAAAGACGAGCAGAAGCCACGCCAUGCCGCCCAGCACAAGGCCGAUCACAAACAGGACAAGGGACAGAGACUCGAGAAGCUGGCGCAGAGCAAAGCGCAGCGACAAUCGCGAAAGAAGACUUGA